GGACCUUGCCAAGAAGGCAUUCGGUUCGAAUGGCCAAAAUUUGGUCAAGAUUGGAAUCGCCGCAAGUAAGUACCACAAGAUGUACUGGGUUGAAUUUUCACCAGCAUGUUGUGCGAUUCAUUGUUUCGCUUUUACGUUGUUGCAUCUUUCGAAUUGGAUUGUAAGCGAGACUAAUAACAUUUCCACUUUUCAUGUACUCAUUCGCAACCAUGAUUGUUGUCUGAAACUUUCACGCUCGUAUUUUGUGUUUUGUAUGACUUUUAAAGUGCAAUCUGGGGUUUGUCUCACAUACCUUAUAUUUGUGCCGCAAAAUAUGAGGAGCAGUUGCCAUUAUCUGUUCGGUAUGGAUGUAUCGACUUCAGUAUUUUUGGCCCUGAUGGUCAUAGUGCAAAUUCCUCUAAGUUGGAUUCAAGAAAUCCGUCACUUGACCGUAACGAAUGCGCUUGCAAAUGGCCUAAUUAUGUAUGGUUUGAUUUUGUGUUUGGGAUUCGCCUUUCAGAACGCCAUCGAGCCAGUUCCUGGUGUAGAACAAGGGAACGGGGACGGAAACGAAGAUCAGCAAAACAGUGAUGCCGAUGUCGACGAUGGUCAACGAGGGCCUCUAGCUGAAAUUCUGUAUAAAUUUUUCCACCUCCCACCAUUCAACAGCGACGGAUGGUUCUUGUUUAUUGGAACAAGUGUAAGUUACUUGCUAAUUUGUCUUGCGUGAUCAGAUUGAGAAACUCAGCACAGAAGGAUCGUUGAACUAGUUAAGUUCCACAAGGAAGUGUCGGCCAAAACUUUCUUUGUAGAGAAAAGGAGGGACGGGAGAUUGAAAGGAUGCGCACUUUUCCUAGGCAAAUUCUGAUUUGAUUCGUUCCACCCACUUUCUCUAAAAUAUAUCGACUCUCAAAUGUGGUAACCUCCGGCAUCGACUCUUUUUUCGUUACAACAGGUACUUCUAUUCGAAGGUUCCAUCACGCUUUUGAUCCCACUUCAGGAAGCAGUGGCAACUCCUCAAGAUCGCCAGUAUUUUCCAACUUUGUACCCAAAUGUCAUCCUAUGCAUUAUUUGGUUUUACACUUUUUUUGGCGUGUUUUGUUGGAUGUCCUUUGGCGACGGGGUGCGCACUGUUAUGACGACAUCGUUGCCCGAUGACAGCAGGUUGGCCACGACGGUGCAACUUGCCUAUAGUGUGGCGGUUAUGCUUACUUUUCCUCUUCAGAACUUUCCAUCGCUAGAGAUCUCAUGUACUGCAAUUGCAUCUAUGCUGCAAAGGAUGUCUGUCUCGGAAGCAGUUCGAAGCAACAAUUCACUGUUUCGAAUACUACAGAUCCUGCAGCGCCGUGACGUGUUGUCGUCGCUAUUAGUGUGUGCACUAGGGAUGGUCGCAGUUUUGACUAUGGAGCGCCUGGAUAAGGUGGUUAGUUUGAUGGGUGGCUUGCUCGGAUGCCCACUAGCGUUUGUCUUUCCGCCCUUGAUCCACAACAAACUUGCAUCAUUGACACCGGGAGCAGCUUCCGGUAGGGGCGGUUAUUAUUUGUCGGAUAGACGACGCCUGCAGAACAAGAUUGUCGCCGCGUUGGGGUUUGGUGCCAUGGUAGUAGCAACAAUUGCAACAAUUCUAAAAUGGUAGCUGUUUUGCGUAUGAAACAACUCACUGGAGAUUACCUCAAACAG